AUGUUCACUAGACCAGGAUUAAGAUUACAAUCUGCCAAGCGUAUGAAUGCUUGGUUUGGUACUCCAGCUGAAGGGAAAUAUACCAAUAUUCCAUUUACAGUUAAAACCAAAUUCAUUCCAUUCAAAGUGUACUAUUGGGGUAUCUUAGGUACUUUCUUUGCUUUCCCAUUCUUAACCACUGCAUGGCAAAUGUAUAAGGCUGGUAACUUUUCCGGUAAUUAG